CCAGGAGCCACGAGAUUUGAGGCGGCGGGACCUGUCAGCAGAAUAUGUCCUCGCCCUGCGCACGACCCCGAGGCCACCGAGAUGAGCGCCGAGGCCUGGCCCUCGCGGGCGCCUGUGUCUCACUAGCCGGGAGUCCACCGGCCGCCAUGGUGUACUAGCCCCGCAGAGCCACCCGCGACCUCAGGUCUCCACAGACCCGGGAUUUGCACGGCAGCAGAGUCACCGUGGAGAGGCCAGGGUACCACAAACUGAUGGAUUUUGACAAGAAAGGAGGGAAAGGGGAGUCGGAGGAGGGCCGGAGAAUGUCCAAGGCCGGCGGCCGGACCAGCCACGGCGUCCGGAGCACGGGGACCAGCUCAGGGGUCCUGAUGGUGGGCCCCAACUUCCGGGUCGGGAAGAAGAUAGGCUGUGGCAACUUCGGGGAGCUCCGGCUAGGGAAGAAUCUCUAUACAAAUGAAUACGUAGCUAUCAAAUUGGAGCCCAUCAAGUCCCGGGCGCCGCAGCUGCACCUGGAGUACCGCUUCUACAAGCAGCUCAGCGCCGCCGGUACGCGGGGCCCGGGGGGCGGGGGGCGCGGCCGAGCGCAGGGGCCGCACGAGCCUGUGUCGCCCUCGCCCGCAGAGGGCGUCCCUCAGGUCUACUACUUCGGGCCGUGCGGGAAGUACAACGCCAUGGUGCUGGAGCUGCUCGGGCCCAGCCUGGAGGACCUCUUCGACCUGUGCGACCGCACGUUCACGCUCAAGACGGUGCUCAUGAUCGCCAUCCAGCUGAUCACGCGCAUGGAGUACGUGCACACCAAGAGCCUCAUCUACCGCGACGUGAAGCCCGAGAACUUCCUGGUGGGCCGGCCGGGCACCAAGCGGCAGCACGCCAUCCACAUCAUCGACUUCGGCCUGGCCAAGGAGUACAUCGACCCCGAGACCAAGAAGCACAUCCCGUACCGCGAGCACAAGAGCCUGACGGGCACGGCGCGCUACAUGAGCAUCAACACGCACCUGGGCAAGGAGCAGAGCCGCCGCGACGACCUGGAGGCGCUGGGCCACAUGUUCAUGUACUUCCUGCGCGGCAGCCUGCCCUGGCAGGGGCUCAAGGCCGACACGCUCAAGGAGCGCUACCAGAAGAUCGGGGACACCAAGCGGGCCACGCCCAUCGAGGUGCUGUGCGAGAGCUUCCCAGAGGAGAUGGCCACGUACCUGCGCUACGUGCGGCGCCUGGACUUCUUCGAGAAGCCCGACUACGACUACCUGCGCAAGCUCUUCACAGACCUCUUCGACCGCAGCGGCUUCGUGUUCGACUACGAGUACGACUGGGCCGGGAAGCCCCUGCCGACGCCCAUCGGCACGGUCCACACCGACCUGCCCUCGCAGCCUCAGCCUCGGGACAAAGCCCAGCUACACAGCAAAAACCAGGCACUGAACUCCACCAACGGGGAGCUGAAUGCCGACGACCCCACCGCCGGUCACUCCAACGCCCCCAUCACCGCGCCGGCCGAGGUGGAGGUCGCCGACGACACCAAGUGCUGCUGUUUUUUCAAGAGAAGGAAGAGAAAAUCGUUACAGCGACACAAGUGACCGGGGGUGGGCCCUGAACCCUCCCGCUGCAGCUGCUCGGGGAGCUCGUCACGGCCGCGG